AUGUCCUCUCUCUUGUCUGCCAAGUCCUUCCUUCUUGCUGGAUGUCUGUCGGCAUCUACGGCUCUUGCCAGCCUUCAGUGGUCACCAUGUCCUUCAAAUCCAGCGUUGGAUUGCGCAACCCUCCGAGUGCCGCUUCAGUAUGCGGAGCCACUAAACUGGAUGUCAGCUUCUAUUCCGCUUGCCCGUUACAACGCCACGGUAGUGGCAUCCCAGCGCAAAGGCUCACUUCUCACAAAUCCUGGUGGUCCCGGUGCCUCUGGUGUCUCCUUCGUCCUGAACGGUGCUGGUGAAGCAAUCUCGAACAUCACGGGAGGGUUUUACGAUAUAAUUGGAUGGGAUCCACGCGGCGUGGGUUCUGCUCAGCCCGUCCUGCAAUGUUUUGCUACCGCGGGAGAGGAGUAUGAAGCGUCCCAAAGUCUUCCAGCCGCGGCAGAGGUGGCGUACGGCCAAUUCAGCAACCAAUACUACAUGCCCUCUUACAACGCUGCGAUGGAGGAGUUCGACAGCGUGACUGCGCAGCUUGCCGCCGCAUGCGCAUCUUACAAUUCGACAGCUUUGUACACGUCUAGUGCGGCCUACGUUGUUCGUGACAUGGCAGCUAUUGUCGAUGCAUUGGACGGCAAAGAUGCCCAUUUGAACUACUGGGGUCUCUCCUACGGGACCAUUUUCGGGGUAGAAUUUAUUCAGACCUACCCGAAAAGGGCGGGAAAGAUUGUCCUGGACGGCGUUUUUGAUCCCACUGCCAAUGCUGAGACCUAUAUCGCCCAGCUUCCCAACGACCAGCUCUCUGUGCGAGAUGCUAUCAACGAUCUGGUGUCAUUUUGCGAACAAGCUGGUGCAGCUGGCUGUGCUCUGAGUACUGCUCCAGCAAAUGUAACUGCCGACCUGACCACUCGACUUGCUAAUUUACAAGAAUCACUCUACGAACAUCCCAUUGCCGUCUCACAAGGGUUCUCCGUCACUGUUGGCAUAUUCAGCGCAUUCAUGUGGUCCUUUUCCCGAGUUCCAACUACUUGGCCCCUUAUCUCCACGGUUGUGAGCGCUCUUGAGAAAGGAGAUGUGACUCUAAUGGUCGCCAUUCUUAAUGCAACCGCUGCCAGCCCGCCAGGCAAUUCCAGCGCUCCAGCCUCUGGGUCUCUAGCUGAAUGGCCCCUGCAGUGUAUAGACAAUGCACCAUCCAGUGAAAUCACCUUGGCGGAGGUCGCUGCCCUAGUACUCAACAUUUCUCUUAGCGAGGAUACUCCGUGGCUGAACGCUGACGUGACUCCCUUAUCCUUCUGCCGCCACUUUCCGGACACUCGCCCGAGAAUCCCGAACUUGGGAGCCUCGAAACUCCCCGUUGCAAACUCCAUCCUCACUGAGCACAACACCCCGGUGCUGAUCGUCAAUGGCGAAGAUGACCCGGUGACUCCACUGGCCUCUGCCGAGCGUUUGCGGAGUCAACUUCCUACAGCGUCCCGGUUGGUAACAAGACGAGGCCCAGGCCAUACAACAGUCAGCGUUGCGUCGUUGGGCCUAAUAGAGGCAAUCCGCACUUACUUCAUUGACGGCACCCUCCCAACCAGCGCCGUUCACGACCUCAGCCAGCUGGUAUUCUCCUCGGCAAUCAACGCCGGGACAUUAACCCCCCUCCGGUGUUCAAUGGCACAUACACUGACGCAGAACGGGCUAUAUUGA